CGCGCGCUCCCGAGUCAAGUCCCGGCCGCCGCCGCGCGCUCUGAGCAGCCCCAGCAGCCGCGGCCGAGCGCGAUCCUUCCGCUCCUGGAGCAGCGGAAACGAGUCCCCCGCCCCCCGGCCCCCUCGUGCGGCGGCGGCGGCGGCGCUGCAGCAGCAGCAGGAUCGUGGCUAAGUGAAAGGGGGCUGCUGGCCAAGCCCCUGCCCCCCCAGCCACCAUGAGUGAAUUGGAGCAGUUGAGGCAGGAAGCGGAGCAGCUGCGGAACCAGAUCCGGGACGCCAGGAAAGCAUGUGGCGAUUCCACACUGAGCCAGAUCACCGCUGGCCUCGAUCCGGUGGGCCGGAUCCAGAUGCGAACGAGGCGGACGCUGCGGGGUCACCUGGCCAAGAUCUACGCCAUGCACUGGGGGACGGACUCCAGGCUUUUGGUUAGUGCCUCUCAAGACGGCAAGCUGAUCAUCUGGGACAGCUACACCACCAACAAGGUUCACGCCAUUCCUCUGAGGUCGUCCUGGGUGAUGACCUGCGCCUACGCUCCGUCCGGGAAUUACGUGGCCUGCGGGGGGCUGGACAACAUUUGCUCCAUCUACAGCCUCAUCACCCGCGAAGGGAACGUCCGAGUCAGCCGGGAGCUGCCAGGACACACGGGGUACCUCUCCUGCUGCCGCUUCCUGUCCAAUAACCAGAUCAUCACCAGUUCGGGAGACACAACCUGUGCCCUGUGGGACAUCGAGACGGGCCAGCAAACCACCACCUUCACAGGCCACAGCGGGGAUGUCAUGUCCCUCUCGCUGUCCCCCGACAUGCGCUGCUUUGUCUCGGGUGCUUGCGAUGCUUCAGUCAAGCUGUGGGACAUCCGGGACAGCAUGUGCCGGCAGACGUUCACGGGACACGAAUCGGACAUCAAUGCUGUCUGUUUCUUCCCCAACGGGAACGCCUUCACCACGGGUUCUGAUGAUGCCACCUGUCGCCUCUUCGACCUGCGUGCCGACCAGGAGCUGAUGCUCUACUCGCACGACAACAUCAUUUGUGGCAUCACCUCGGUCGCCUUCUCCCGCAGCGGACGCCUCCUGCUGGCCGGCUACGACGACUUCAACUGCAACAUUUGGGACUCCAUGAAGGGCGACCGGGCAGGCGUCCUUGCUGGCCACGACAACCGGGUCAGCUGCCUUGGCGUGACAGACGACGGCAUGGCCGUAGCUACCGGCUCCUGGGACAGCUUCUUGAAAGUCUGGAACUGAACCCUGCCUUGGGGUGGAUGGGGGGGCUGGUGGGAGAAAAGCUGGAGGCCCUUGGUGGCCCCCCCAUCCGGUCUCUGCCCCCUCUGCUGUGGCCUUGAGCCUCUGCCCCUCAGCUGGCUGCCCUCCCAUUGUCCGUCCCCCCCUCCUGUUUCUUUCUCUGCUCCACUUCAACAUUAUUCUAAGCCUGGUUUCCAACUGCAACGUUGAGGGGGGAGGAUGCCAGCGAUGCUGCCAAGGGGGAGCAGGGGGUGCCAGCCUCACAAAUAAAAGGUUUUGAGGGGUUACAA